GUGGCUCCUCCGGGCCUGUAGGCGGCACUGCGGCCCCGCGCGGACGGCGGCGGGAGGGGAGGCCGCUCGGUCCGGAGCGGAGGGAGGCCUCGCUCCGCCCCGCGUCCCCGCCAUGGCGACCACCCCGGCCGCGCUGCCCCGAAUGCUCGGCGCGGGUGCCCGGGCCCCGUCGCGCUGGCUGGGGUUCCUCGGGAAGGCGACACCCGGGCCUGCUCGGCCGAGCCGCAGGACGCUUGGAAGCGCGGCGACCCCUGUGAUCCGCGAGUCCGAGGACGGCACCGGUAACACUGGGCGCCCAGCCGAGUCAGAUUUCAACGACAAGAUUCUGAAUGAGCCUCUCAAGCACUCUGACUUCUUCAAUGUCAAGGAACUGUUUUCCGUGAGAAGCCUCUUUGAUGCCCGGGUGCAUCUGGGACACAAAGCUGGCUGUCGGCACAGGUUUAUGGAGCCAUACAUCUUUGGGAACCGCCUGGACCAGGACAUCAUCGACCUGGAACAGACAGCCGCGCACCUGCAGCUGGCCUUGAACUUCACCGCCCACGUGGCCUACCGCAAGGGCAUCAUCUUGUUUAUAAGCCGCAACCGGCAGUUCUCGUACCUGAUUGAGAACACGGCCCGCCACUGUGGCGAGUACGCCCACACUCGCUACUUCAAGGGCGGCCUGCUGACCAACGCGCCCCUCCUCUUUGGCCCCACCGUCCGCCUGCCGGACCUCAUCAUCUUCCUGCACACGCUCAACACCGUCUUUGAGCCGCACGUGGCCGUGAGAGACGCAGCCAAGAUGAGCAUCCCCACGGUGGGUAUCGUGGACACCAACUGCAACCCCUGCCUCAUCACCUACCCCGUACCCGGCAACGACGACUCCCCGCCGGCUGUGCACCUCUACUGCAGGCUCUUCCAGACGACCAUCACCCGGGCCAAGGAGAAGCGGCGGCAGGUUGAGGCUCUGUAUCGCCUGCAGGGCCAGAAGGAGCCCGGGGACCAGGGGCCAGCCCACCCUCCUGGGACUGACAUGAGCCGUUCCCUGUGAUGUUCACUCAACUCCUCCCAAAGCAACCGCAGCCAAGCCUGUCUGAGCUGGGAGUCCCCUUCCUCAGCCCUGGGUCAACGGCAUCCUCAGUCCUUGUUACUUACUUAGCUGACGUCACAGUGCAGACAUCCGCUGUUCCGCCUCAGAACCAGUGACUGAGCAGACCGACGUUGCCUCUGCAUUUGCUCUGUGGGAAACAGAGCACAGAGGGUGAGCGAUGUGCACAGAACGGCCCCUGGGCUGCAGUUAGGACCUCAAUGGCUGGUGUGGCCGAGCUGCUGGAAGACGCUGCUGUCCCUGUGAUCCGAGCAGCCCUCCCUUCACCCUGACCCCUGACCUUUGUCAGGAAGGUACAGUUUUUCUUCUCAAUCUAAAUGCCUUUCAGGUGGGCUGCUUCCUUGGCUGCCUGGUUCCAGGGGGCUGUAUUGUAAUGAGAUGCUGCAGGCAAGCUGCUCGGAGGCUCCCAGCUGGGUUGGUGGGACAGCCAGGCCAGAGGACCUGAUUCCAGCAAGAAUAAAACUCAGAUUUGGGCAAAAUGA